UCCUUUCCUUGUCAACCUUGAACAAGGAUCCGAAAGCCCUGACCACGUCACUGGAUGUAUCAGGUGCAGCGACGUAUCGACCGCAACGUCGCAAGAUUAUGCUGAUUAUACGAUAUAUCGUGCAAGUUACAGACUAGUAUUCACGACGAUUACAUUGUUGAUAUACCAUAUUUUUGGCCGGUACGAGCGCUGCUGUGCAUUACUAUGUAUAUAACUAUUUUAUCAAGGAUACGGAAUCCUCUGUCGCAUCCCUUGCAUAAAGUUCAAUCGUAAUCUGAUUCCUCGCGGUAGCGAUCGCGUCGCUUCAUCGCGUUGACACGUGUGUAUGUAGGUACAUACACCGUGCAUACCAUAGUCGCCGUCACCGACGCGCUCAAUCACCAUCGAUGAUUCGGCCUGUGUGUGAUUUCGGUUAAUUGAUUGAUAGAUUAGCUCGUUCAAAAGUCAGUCGAGAGAACAGUCAUCUACCGAAAGUCAUCUCAUCUGAAUCUGAGUCAGGACCAGAGUCAUGUAUUCUGAAAGAUAUUGGUUUGAAUAAUCAUCGUCUGAGUCUCAGAUACGCAAAGAUGGAUGACCUACUGAAGGAAUUGGAGACGUUGAGAAUCAGUGGCAAUUUUAGUGAUCACAACUGGAAAUCAUGCAUAGAUCUGAUCCAGACGAGUCAUGUACCACAGAAGAUGAUCGGUGAGACUCGUCCAUGCGAGGAAAAGGAUUUUAGAGAGUACAGGCUGAUUGUAGAGAGGAACUUGAGUAAUGUCAGGUUCAUGUUGCGACAUAUCGUUGACAGUUGCAGAGAAAAACAUUUACUAUUGAUUGACGAUAAUGUAGCAUUAGCAAAGAUGUUCGGUAUGAAUUUACUGUUGCUUAUUGGUGAACACAUUGAGAAAAACAUCUGGAAUACAGCCGAGUGUGUCAACAUUUCCAAAGAAUUAAUCGCCAACUUUUGUGAAUUAUGGGCUUGCCAAAGUAUCACCGCAUUCUUCUCAGAGCAUGAAAAUUUUAAUAAAUUAUUAGUAAUGUUAAGACCUAAAUUAUUGAAGGAUACUUGGAAGACUUAUCCAGCAGCUGUUACAUGUUUCAAAUGGAUGUUGCAUCUGGUGGAAAAACCAAUGUUAUUUAAUUAUAUUAGCCAAGUACUACCUACCACACUGAUCCUUCUGGAUGAUCACGUACCCGAAAAUAUAUCGAUAGGUCUACAGUGUCUACAUCUGAUUAUACAACAUUCUCAUAUGAAAAAAGGACUAAUAGACAGCGGAUAUGCUCUGGUAAUUUACCACUCCUUGAAACAUUUGACCUAUCGAAAACAAGUUGAAUACAUCAUUCCUUUGUACACUUGCUUAGCCAAUAUCAUACCUACUAUUGAAUAUUGGAACGACAGAUCAGAUGCCUUUGAGUGGACAGUACGCGAUGAAAUUCUCUCUAAUUUGAUAGACAACAUGACGUUCGAGCAGAAUAUCGAACUACGACAUGCAUACAUGGUCAGUUUACCUCAAUUUCUCACUAACAUAGGCUGUGGCAAAUGGUGCGAAUCGCUUGCUCGGAUACUCGUCGAAUAUUGCGAACAUCACACUGAUCUGAGAACAUUGAAGGCGACAUUACAAACCGCCAAGACUUUCCUUCUAAUGUUUCAUCUACGAAUAACAGCACACUGUGUGAGCCUUUACACCGCAUUUCUGAAGCUGCAUUUCGAUUUAACGGAAACACCGGUGUUUGAUCGGGAGAUCAUGCAGAAUUUACAAGAUUGUAUCUGUUUAUUAUAUGAUCGAUCGCAAAACGUAGGUCAUGCGGUCCUGAAUGACGACCGAAUACGUCCAAUAUUUAGUUGUACUAUGCCAUUCGGAUGCCGAGGCGAUAUCACGUAUUUUGAGUAACUUGUGAGAUCGUAUAUAAUUGUUUAUCGAAAUUGUAUAUAUAAUGUAAUAUGCGUUCGAUCAACGCAUACACGCAGAGGUAUUAUUCUAAUGUUGACUCAUAAACGCAUAUAGAAAAGUGAAACGCAAUAGUAUCAAAAUAUCUUAUUUGUGAUGUAAGAUUAUCGACAAAUGAUUAUCUGUAUUUAU